UUGACUUCUUUUUAAGAAUUGGUGCUAAUUUUCACUGGAUCAAUAUGGUCACUGCAGGCUUUCACUCUGAUGGAUAUGAUGGAGAUGCCAUUGAAGGCUCUGGUUCACUGAGCUCCACCUGAAUACGUGUACCACAGCACUCAGCCUCUCUGUCGUUCAGAGGUGAGUCCCCUCUGCACCUCGUCGGCGCUUUUUUGUGCGCGUCUUUUAACAUAUCCGCGCUCUCCAGCUGGAGGCAGUCACCGCGCGCACCACACCGCGAGCGCAUCGGAGCUUUGUGCACAGCACGUUUUUAAUUUAUUUACAUGUCCGGCGUUGUAUUUUGCCAUUUUCUCCUCGUGUGUGAAGCAGGCUGCAUUAUGGGAUUAUUAAAAAGGGGAGAUCACAUUGCAGAGAGAUCUACUACUUCGAUGUCGGUGAGACAAACUUGAUCAAUAUUUGGAGACGAGGAAGAUGGAGCUGCCAUAAACACUAAAAUACUUUCAGCCGUACAGAAGUGGCGCAUUUUGUAGAUAGAGAGACUGAACCCAGCCGCAGGUGAGAUGCCAUAAUCCAUGUGAGACAGUGAGGCAUCAUGGACUCCUGGAUCUUCCCAUCGUCCCCUCCCAACCUUUCGGAGCACCUCAUGUACGACAGCUUCAUGCAGGCCAAUGAGUCCGACCUCCAUGGAAACUACACGGACCACAGCUUCAACAAAACCAGCACGGUGGUCAUCACCUGCUUGUACUUUCUGGUUUGCACCGUGGGGCUCUGUGGAAACGCCCUCGUCAUCUACGUCAUACUGCGCUACGCCAAGAUGAAGACAGUUACCAACAUCUACAUCCUCAACCUGGCAGUGGCCGACGUGCUCUUCAUGCUCGGCCUGCCAUUCAUCGCCAUCCAGCUGGCGCUGGUCCACUGGCCCUUCGGCCCCGUGCUCUGCAGGGUGGUGAUGACCGUCGACUCCCUGAACCAGUUCACAUCCAUCUUCUGCCUGAUGGUCAUGAGCAUCGACCGCUACCUAGCUGUGGUGCAUCCCAUUAAGUCCACAAAGUGGCGCAAGCCACGCAUGGCCAAGACUAUCAACUUAGCCGUGUGGGGGGUGUCGCUGAUGGUCAACUUGCCAAUCGUCAUCUACAGCGGCAUCAUCACAAAGCACGACGGCUGCUUCUGCACCAUCGUGUGGCCUGAGCCUCAAGAGGCAUACUACACAGCUUUCAUGUUCUACACCUUCAUCCUGGGCUUCUUCCUGCCCCUCAUGGUCAUCUGCCUUUGCUACUUGUUCAUCAUCUUUAAGGUGAAGUCCUCAGGCAUCCGUGUGGGUUCCUCCAAAAGGAAGCGCUCUGAGAGGAAGGUGACUCGGAUGGUGUCCAUCGUGGUGGCGGUGUUUGUCUUCUGCUGGCUGCCGUUCUAUGUCUUCAACGUCACCUCUGUGACAGGAACCAUCAGCACCACUCCCAUUCUGAGGAGCACAUUUGCUUUUGUUGUGGUGCUGGGAUACGCCAACAGCUGCGCCAACCCCAUCCUCUACGCCUUCCUAUCGGAGAACUUCAAGAAGAGUUUCCAGAAUGUUCUGUGUCAUAAGAAGGUGGGUGGGCUGGAUGAGGCUGAUCGCAGCGACAGCCGUCAGGAUAAGUCUCGCAUGAUAAAUGACCCCACGGAGACACAAAGUACUCUGCUGAACGGGGACCUGCAGACCAGCAUCUGAGAGGACUCACAUACGCUCUCUCAUACAGAACAACCACCAGGCUGAAAAGUGAAGCCAGUGCCAAAAACUGCAAUUCCUCCACUGGCCACUUAAGGCUGGCUUCUAAAAGGGACUCAGUCUUCACACAGGGUUUUUCCAUUGGAGGUGGUUCCCGGCUGCAGCCCGGCUGGUGCCCAAUUGUGAACAGUUCUUUGGUUUCCACCACCAAAAAAACGGGUUCCACAGCGGAACCAAGUCUCUAUCUGACCGACAAGACCAACUUGGCUGUUGAAAGAGACCAACUAAAGCAUGUAUCGUUAAUUUAUUUCAUUUGUAUAACUACAAUGUGAUUGAUACGGACGAGCUAGCAUGCUAACAGUAGCCUGCAAUCGUUAGCGGUGCCAUUGAGAGAGACCAACUAAAACAUUUAUCAUUCAUUUAUUUGAUUUGUUUAACUGCAAUGUGAUUGACACGGGCAAGCGGGCUAGCAGGCUAGCGUUAGCUUACAACAAAGUCUAACAUUAACAUCUUACGAUCAGUGUUAAAAAGAAUGUAUUUGGCAUCCAUAGUGAUUAAAAUGAGCAGCACAGAUGAGUUGUAGAGACAUGUAGUCUGUUGUUGUUAUUAUACUUGCCGAGAGAGUCAUGAGACAUAUACAGACGUUAGCAGUGACGCAAUUACGUGGCUCUAGAGCCUGUGGAAAAAGCAAACAGUUCAGAGUUCGCAAGUAGAACCAACUAACACCAGCCGGGAACCGGUUCUGGUCGAAAAACCCUAAUAGAAACCCAUGUUAAAAUGUCCAAUUUUACAGCAAAAAUAGACAUGUUUAAAGCCUGGUACAAAAGACGCUUUUAUCUCUAUAGCUAAUAUUCCCCUCAUGACAACUGUACAGGGGUCACAUUUUAUAUAACUUACUCACUGAACAUAUUAUACCUUAUAAUAAUAAGUUAUACAUAAUUAAGGGCGUGGCUGCUUUGAGUGACAGGCUGCUGCUCUCUCAGGUGGCUCACCUGCUUUCAGCCUUCCUCAGCUCAUCCCUGCUCCACCUCUUCGCCCCUUUUUUUGGAUUAGCCGGGAGGGGGGAGCCAGGCACGAAGAUGGCAUCUGUCGAAGCCACUGCAGCCUCCAACUUUGAGCUUUAUUUCAGCUCUUAAGAAACCAAUGGGUAAAAACAGACACUACAUCUCUAGUCUCUAAGGUCACAUCAGAGAGGAAGAGGACAUAAUUAAAUAUUAAACAUGUCACAGAGGAACAUUUUCCUUGUUAAAGAGGACAAAGCACCAAUAGAAUAUCGAACUGCUCUCUUCCUGUCUACCUUUGACACAUUGUAGGGUUCCAUUGGUUGUAAUCAAAUCCAUUAUAGUGUAAUCAGAAGUUCAUACAGCAGUUUGCUCUAUGCUGUCAAUGAAAAUUAAAUCUGUUUGGCUGUUUGUUCUCAGGAGUAUUGACUCUGAGGAAAGGCAGAAUGGACACUAACACCCACUUGCAAAUGGUCCCCUGGGUGAUGUGAAUUUUCCCUGGAGACCCAUGCAGGAUUAUAUACAUAGUGUACAGGAGAGCCGGUGCCAAGUUUCCACAGUCCUGCAUUAUGUAAAAAAUAGCAACACAACAGUGUGCUCAUACCCUGAAAAACAAAACACUGUUGUUAAAAACUGGCAACCUCAUCAUUCCUCUAUUUUUGUUCUUGUGUCAUCAGUUAUUUCUCCAUUUGGCUGUAAAUGACUGUAUAGCCACUAUAUGAAGAGGAUUUUAUAUUUAGUGUCAUUUCGUUUUCGAGACACUGAAUAAGUAAGGUUUUAUCUGAGACAUGAUGAUGUCAGUGCCAUUGAUUCUUGUGUUUUGUAGUACAGUCUGUAGAACAGUCUGAUUUAAUGUGCGACCAGUUCUACUUGUGAAGAAAUGUAUCAAAUGUAAAUGUGAACAGUGUUCAGUCUGCAGGCAAAUAUUUGGUCCUGUGUCACUCGCUGCUUCAAUAUAGCUACAUGCAUAAUUUAUAUUACAUUAAUGGUACUGACUCGAUAUACAGAGCCAGCCUCUAACCAAAGUGCUGCUAUGAUGUACAGAAUCUCUACUAAAAUGUUGUAUAGUGUUAUAUAAAGUGAUGCCACUGUAUGCCUGUUUCCACUGGACUGUAUUUCUGUUGGGAAUGGUUCUUUCUCUUAUUAUUUAUGUAUAUCAUGUGAUAAUGUUGCUGUCAUUUUUUGCAGUUGUCACAGUAACUGCUUUUGUCAAAACUGCAUGAUUCUUAAUGUGUUUUUAUGUCAUCCAAGAGUAUAAACCCUGCUCAGACAGGGUGACCAGACAGCCCUGAAAAUGCAGGACGGUCUUUAUCAGAGUUUUUAUGAGUUAUAGCUUGAUAAAACCUUUAUUCUUUGUGAAACACCAUUUUGGUGUUGCCCACAGAAAGUCACUGUUAUGUCUGUAGUCUACAUGAAUUAUAGCAGUAGGGUUGUAGGGUUUUUUUUCUGUAAGCUAACUUCCAGGCAUAGCCUGUGCAUAGCAACUUCACUGUCUAUGCCAGGGAUGGGCAACUUAAAUGCUGGAGGGGGCCACAAUUUUUCAUCAACACUAUCACAGGGCCACAUAUAGGCCCGUGCACUUCACCAGAUAUGAUGAAACUGCAAUUUUAAAUAUGUUUACAGUGCAGUAACUUAACAUAUUUCAUGCUCAAAUGCAUGUAUUACAGUAGAAAUAGGAAUACAAAAGGUUUGAAGCAAAUAAAAAAUAACCACUUACUGUGAUUUCUUUUUUUAGUGCAAGAACAGCAGACCAACAUUAAUUGCAAGAAGUCAUUUUGUGCAUUUUUACACUGCACUUUUAAGAUUUCAUGCUCAAAUGCAUGUAGUUGUAUUGAGGGCCAUAUCAAGUGAGGGUGCGGUCCGUAUGCGGCCUCCAGUUGCCCAUCCCUGGUCUAUGUCAUGUUUCACAUCACCAAUGUAACUUAACCAGUAGUUAUGGCCAUUUAUCUUAAUUAUUUAACCCUCUUUUCUAAGCCUUACCAUGUACUUUUCCCUAUAACCUUGAAGAAGUAGUUUUUUUUCCAAAUUUAACAACUGUGAAUGUCACGUUAAGGUAUGAAGUGUUGAUUUCUCUGCUAACGGCAGGGGUGCUAAUUUAAGAAACGCUCCCGUGGGUCAUGUUUGGGGGUGGGAACAAACGUCCAAUGUGGUCAUUUGAUUUGGAUGACUUGUUGUUUUUUUGGUUACUCUGUUUUGCAAAUAUGAGGGACCUAGCUUUUCCUGCCCCCCAUAAGGGGUACACCGUUCAGAGAGAAAAAACAGACAAAUGUUUUGGGCCCCCAAAAUUGUUUUGGGUGGGAAACUGCCCCUGAUGGCUGCUUAUAGUUGUCAUUGUGCAAUGCCAGCUAUAAACCCCCUUAAACCUCCCAUAAAGUCACUUUACAGAAUACUGCCUCUGUUCUAAACCCCCCCUAAGUGGGGCCCUUCUAGGUGUUCUGUGUUAGCCGGAUGCUGUCAGCCAGCUACCUGUAACUGUCAUUCAUACAACAGCCCUCGAUGGGCUUCAUUGCCUCUGGCCCCCCAGAGUCUAGUCCCGCCACUGCCUCCCAGUGCAAACCACUUGUAUAAUGACACUGACCCAUCCUCCUCUUACAAUCCGUGACAUUUGGGAGGCGACAUUUCAAGUCCAGUUUUUGUCUCCGGGUGUCUGAGUGACGUGAAUUUGUGAAGGGCUAGAACACUUAUCCUCAAGAGGCUCUGGUGUUCCUUUAUCAUCAUCACCAUCAUCACUGUGCUGCUCACAGUUCAUCCUGCCGUCCUGUGACUCCAUCUAUUGCUGAAGUCAGAUUACUAUCUGUCUAUCUAUAUAAACUAUCAAACCUUUAUCCUACAUAUGCAGGCCCCGCUUCAUUUACACCAAAGCCAGUGACAGAUCAAGAUUAAUGUGCAAAGAAUCAUGUGUGUGCAUGCUGCAUUCAUCGCUACUCUCAAGCUAAAAUGUAGAAAAUGUAUAUGAAAAUCGUCUUCAUGUGUCAAUAUUGCAUGAUACAUAGAAGUGUGCGCACACACACACACACACAAACACACACACGUGUUGUGAAUUGUGCCAUGACUAAUCAAAUUCCAUAUCCAAUCUCUCUCUCUGCAUAGUUCUUUACCUGCUCUGUAAAGUCUUAUUACCAUCGAAAGACAUGACACACCUCUAGUGUCUUAUAUUUCCAUAGCAACAGUGACCAAGAGUAUUGGUCCCAUGGUUACACUAAUUAGCAUACUAAUAAUAAUAGAGAGAUGACUCUGGACAUGAAUUAUGAAUGUAGACAUUGCUCAGAUGACUAAGGCUGCAUUAAUGCUGUGAAACCAAACACCUCCGUCAGAUAAAACCUGAUUCAAGUGUAUAGUUUGUGUUAGUGUGCAGCACAAAAUGUAAUAUAUCAUUCAGCUGUAAUUAGGAUUUUGGCUUUUCUUACAAUGCUUAUAUUUUAUUUUUCAGCUUUUUUUCUAAGAUUACAUUGCAGAUUUUCUACUUUCCUUUGAUAGUUUAGUUGUUUUAUUGUUGAGCCUUAUUUGAAUCGCUCAAAUGUUAUGUCUCACAGGCUUUUUAAGAUAUUACAACUGUUAAAAGUUUAAUUGUAUAAAGUUUGCAUCAUGUAUGUUCUUCUAGUUUUGUGUUCUGUUCAAUUAUAGUGAAACUUCAAGUUUGAUGGAGCAAACAUGGACUGUAUAGUUGUGUUGAAACUAAAUAAAGUCAGUAAUAA